CCCUCGCUAUAAAUGCGGAGCUGCCUCGGAGCCGCGGAUUCCAGCGCCUGCCGGCAGGACCCCGGGCAGCGGCGCGUGACAGCCCGGGCGGGCGCACCGCAGCAGCCCCGCGGUGGACAGGCAGCGGCCCCGGGGAGGGCGCACGGCCGGGGCGCGCAGGCCGCGGGCGGGGGCCAGCGCGGCGCUGCCCGCUGGGACGGGACGUGGCCCGGGGACUGCAGAGGCUGGGGUGUCUUCACUGCUGGCUCUGCGCUGGGAGGUUCCCGAGGACCAAGGAGAAGGAAACCGUCUCCGAGCCGGCGCCCUUCUCCAAAUCAGGUUUGAUACGUGAUACAUUGGUCUAGAAUGACUGGGGUGUUAAUCUGAAAAAGUCACUGAAGCCAUCCCGGACAGUUCGCACCAGAAUUUGAGCAAAUGAGCCCUCAGACAGCAGGAAGCCGGUGAAGCCGCCUGCCCGAGUCCAGUCGGGAGCAGCAUUCUUCCCCUCUCAUCCAGGCAAGACCAAAAUAAAUAUGGACACAAAUUUGCACCACAAAAAACAAGCAGAGCCACUGCAGAUGAAAACCAAACGGGAAGUAAAAGCUGUCUUUUGAACUGAACGUCCACCUUGGUUCCUGAGUGAUACUCCAAGUCAAAGAGUAAAAAUAACACGGGCAUUUGCCUGUUUUCUGGUCCCUCUUGUGGGGUCAGAGUAUGAGAAGGGAGACAGAGUAAGUGCCUUUGGUAUACUGUCUGAGACAAGUUCAACCCCAGGAAAUCAAAAUGAUUCUCAACUCUUCGACCGAUGAUGGUAUUAAAAGAAUCCAAGAUGACUGUCCCAAAGCUGGAAGGCAUAAUUACAUAUUUGUCAUGAUCCCUACUUUAUACAGCAUCAUCUUUGUGGUGGGAAUAUUUGGAAACAGCUUGGUGGUGAUCGUCAUUUAUUUUUACAUGAAACUGAAGACGGUGGCCAGUGUUUUUCUUUUGAAUUUAGCCCUGGCUGACAUAUGCUUUUUGCUGACUCUGCCGCUGUGGGCCGUCUACACCGCUAUGGAAUACCGCUGGCCCUUUGGUAACUACCUGUGUAAGAUUGCUUCCGCCAGUGUCAGUUUCAACCUCUAUGCCAGCGUCUUCCUUCUCACAUGUCUCAGCAUUGACCGCUACCUGGCUAUCGUCCAUCCAAUGAAGUCCCGCCUUCGACGCACCAUGCUUGUAGCCAAGGUCACCUGCAUUGUGAUCUGGCUGCUGGCUGGCUUGGCAAGCUUGCCCGCUAUCAUCCACCGAAACGUGUUUUUCAUUGAGAACACCAACACCACGGUUUGUGCGUUCCAUUAUGAGUCGCAAAAUUCAACCCUCCCCAUAGGUCUGGGUCUAACCAAAAAUAUACUGGGUUUCCUGUUCCCUUUUCUGAUCAUUCUUACAAGUUAUACUCUUAUUUGGAAGGCCCUAAAGAAGGCUUAUGAGAUUCAGAAGAACAAGCCAAGAAAUGAUGAUAUUUUUAAGAUAAUUAUGGCGAUCGUGCUUUUCUUUUUCUUUUCCUGGGUCCCCCACCAGGUGUUCACUUUUCUGGAUGUGCUGAUUCAGCUGAGAGUCAUACGCGACUGUAAGAUCACGGACAUUGUGGACACGGCCAUGCCCAUCACCAUCUGCAUAGCUUAUUUUAACAAUUGCCUAAACCCUCUCUUCUAUGGUUUCCUGGGGAAAAAAUUUAAAAAAUAUUUUCUCCAGCUCUUAAAAUAUAUUCCCCCCAAAGCCAAAUCCCACUCAGGCCUUUCAACCAAAAUGAGCACCCUUUCCUACCGCCCCUCGGAUAAUGUCAACUCGUCCACCAAGAAACCUGCACCGUGUUUUGAGGUUGAAUGACACAUUCAAAACCUGUCUAUGAAGUCGUCUUGUGAAAGGAGGGGCGAGGGAAACUUUCCUCUACAGCGCUUCACCAAAUGAACAUUAACUACUUUCCAGAAUUUAACAAGAAAAUGGAUGACGUGGACUGAAUCACCUUCUCUAAAGCUCUGAACAAAAGCUUUUCUUUCCCUUUGCAACAAAAUUAAGCAAAACUACUUUUUGCAUUAGGUAGAUGACGGCUACUCAAAAAACAAUCUCAGAAACUGGAUGAAUGUAUUGAUUUGGGGAAUUUCAUUGACAGAAAUGCAAUCCCCCUAGUUUGCUCUUGGCCUAUCAUUUUUGACUUCUGCUAAAGGUAUCUAGAAUAUGUUAAGCCUUUAGAGGAACAACAGGAGUUCAGAGUUCCAUCGUUCUGCCUACUAUUCAGAAGGACAGCAAAGCUUUUGUGCCUGUUUAGCUGUAAACAACCAUGGAACAACUUUUACCUGCUACUCCACAUUUUGGACAGAGAUUUGCCAAGCAGUAGUUGUCAAGUUUCAAAACCUUUUGCAAAAUUCAUACAGCGUCCUACAGCUGUACACUGCCAACACUAUGCUGGUAAGAAGGCUUCUUUGUAUAAAAGUGUUACGAAAGUCACAUAUAAAAGUUAAACUACUUGUAAAGAUGUUACUCUGGUCUCAACGAGUAGCAUCUUUCUAGUCCUAUUAGUUUGAUGUCGUAUCUGAGAAGUGUAUGUGGUUUGUGGUAAAAAGAUUACACAUGUAUCAUAAAGUAUCCCUUUACUGUUUUAAAAAAGUAUAUAUUCUGCACACGUGUAUGUAUAUAUCUCUAAACUGAUGUUACUUAAUUAAAAUCUGUCAAAGUUAUAGUUACCUUAAAAUAAUUUUAUUG